AUGGACAGCAUCCGUAAUGCCGUACACCCAGAGGAGAGCAGCAGCCGCCCGGUUGUUGACGUCACGGCUGAGGACAACUCUGUGGAUGACCUGCUCGAGGAUUUGAACACGAGGUUCGCCCUCUCUGUCCUCCCCGUUAUCCUCUACCUCGCCGUGCUGCUUCUCCUAGGACUCGUCGGCAACAUUCUAUCCUUCGUGGUCUACCGGAGGUUCAAGCCGAGCUCCACAAGGACAUACAUCCUGACUAUCAGUCUGCUGGACUUGAGCAACAACGUCAUCUCUAACCCGACAUCCAUAGCAGAGCUGUGCUUUCGCUACACCUUCGACAACCCCUGGCUGUGCCGUGUCUUCCGUUUCGUCAAGAGCUCGCAAGUGUACUCCUCCGCCUUCUUGCUGGUGGCGGUGGCACUGGACCGCCACCGCCGUGUGUGUCAGAGUCGUAAAAAGCAGCAAGAAGCAGGAGAUGCCCUGCGUGCUUCUCUCAUCUGCGUCGUCGUUGGAACGCUUCUUAGCCUGCCGUACGGCGCCGUCACGGGUCGCCAAACCAUCCCCACAGGGACAGGUAACCUCACAGGAUUCAUGUGCUCUGUGGACGACCAACAUACAAGUUCUGUGCUCCUGCUCAGCUACAAUGCGAUAACUGGCCUUGGUUUUACUACAUGCGUCACCAUGAUCGCCGUGUCCUACGCGCAGAUUGGCUGCCACCCUCAGUCCCUCGGGGGAUACGUCGUCCACCCUCAAACACAAUCGUCGCCCACACCUCAAGCACAAUCGUCGCCCACACCUCAAACACAAUCGUCGCCCACCACGGACGUGACAUCCUUUAUCACCACCACGACCUCGAACCGACCUGCUGAGACCCAAGGGGCCAAGGCUGCUGCUGCAGGUGCAAGACAUGCCGUCUGUUCGGAAAUUACAAGUCAGCCUGCUUCCGCAGACUCCAGACCAGUCGCUAUUGGCGGUGAUAAGGACCAGGCAACAGACAACUGGGAUGCCUCUGGUGUUGUGUGCACGACUACCCAUGACCCUGCAGCAGCAGCGUCCUUGACCUGCACAUCCGCAGGACAUAAUGACAAAGAUGAAGUCAUUCUACACAUCCCUUCUUCUGACUGCUCAGAGGCCGUUACAAACAUCCAUGUCCACAACUACGAUACGCUUCUAAAAUCAGAUACAGGCAAGAGAGACUUCUCUCUAGAUUCUCCUUCGUCGUCCGAUCGGCAAGAAGUCGAUGUGAAAACACCCGUCAGAGGCCGACGACGUAGUUCUGAUGUCCAUGUGGCUGCAGCACGUGCCUUGUCGAGAAAAAAUGCGAACGUGAAGAUAACGUCUCAGAAAGGUGGUAACGUGAGAGAAGUCGCGUCACGUACCACGUUGAUCAUGUUCAUGCUGACAUUAGUCUACGUGAUCAGUUUCUUGCCCUACUGGGCCACCGUCUUCCUGCGGGGUGCACUGCGCUUCUCCGAGCAUGGUAUGGCGGUGUGGGUGUUCAAUGUCUACCUGUUGGGGCUGCACUCUUUCUUCAUCAGCUCCGCCACCAACGCCAUCGUCUACGGUAUCUUCAGCGCGCAGUUCCGACGUGGGUGCCAGCAUCUUCUGGGAACGUGUAUCCGCAGACGCUGAAACUGUCGGGUAUCCUGUUGCUACUAUGCU